AAAUUUAUGAACUACUGAUAGACCUCGUAAACAAAACUUGCUGAAGGUGUACAUGAAUGGAAGACAGAGUUUAAGCUACAGUAUGUGGAACUGGCAGCAUCACCAAACCUGACAAGGAUUGCACCGUGGUGUGCACAGACAGGGAGAUUGAUUUAUGAUAUACUAAAAGUGAAUCUCGUUGGCUGGGACAACAUCCUCACUUCAAUAGAGGCAGAUAAGACACAGUUUCAACAACUGGAAGAAUUCAAGGAAAACUUCAAUUUUCUGCUGACACAGUUACUACAGUGCACAUUCCUGGUGACAGAACAAGAAAGCUGUAUCAUCAAGGUGGACAAGAAACAUCUGCCAAAGUUUGUUGUGAGAUUACUUGCCGCAGAGAAUUUUCCAGAAAGAUUGGAGACGGUAACAGCCAGGUUUGUUUUUGAAGAGGAUAUAAAUACCUGUUGCCAUGACAACACUGUUGACCUUCUGUCCUUGAAAAACAAGAUUGAUGAGCGGGAAAUUCACUUGGCGUCCAAUGUUUUCAAAUUCGAUAAUGGAAAGAAGAAAGAUAAAUGUGAGGCGUGUUUCCAGACUUUACACUUCAAGGGAAAAUUCAGUCGUCAUGGCAACCAGACAGGGAAACAAGUACAUGAGGAGAAGAGUCGCAUAGUUUUCAGCACAACAAUUAAUAGCUAUGAGUACAUGACGAUGUCACUCCCCCUAGUGGUGACUACAGGAGCAAAUCAGGGCUGCCUGAGCCAAGCAUCUGUAAUGUGGCAGUGUUAUAGUACAGAUAUAUACAGUCUUCCUAUUGAGGAAUGUCACCCAUUGAAAUGGUGCGAGGUAGCAGAGAUGUUACAGGCCAAGAUGCAGAAGCUGUGCCCCAUGAGACUGACUGCAGAAAACAUAAAUCACCUUAAAAGAAGAUUAUUUGGUAGAGGAGAUGUUCCAGAUGACGAGCUUGUUACAUUAAAGAAAUUCUGCUUUGAUAAAUUGGAGAAGACGGACAGUAGCGAUGAUAACACACAGCUGACUUUCUCAUUCUGGAAGUGGUUUAUUGGAAUCUAUAAUCUCCUCGAUAAAUAUCUCCUCAACUUCUGGAAAGAUGGGUUGAUCAUGGGAUUUGUGAGCAAAGACGAAGCCAAGGAAAAAUUGAAGAGAUGUAAGAAUGGUAAAUCUGGUACAUUCCUGCUCCGGUUCUCUGACCAGAAUAUAACAGACAGCCAGGGUGUGAAAAGUGUUUUUGGACACCUUACAGCUUGUGUACUCAUUAUAAAGGAGGAAAUAGAUGGUCGUAAGAAAAAGAAGAUCUAUGACAUGGAUGUUGCUGGACAUAAGAAAUUAAAGGAGAAAAACCUUGCCAACAUCUUGAAAAUGACACAUGAUGUCAAACCAGGGAAAAUAUAUCAGUACCUUUAUCCAGGGGACAGAACCAGGGAAGAAACAUUCGACAAAUACUGUGAUAAAGAUGCUGUGGUACCCGGCUAUACAGGGACUAAGGAUGCUUUUGUAGUUCAUCUUGACCAACAGUUUGCUGCUCUUGAGAUAAGCUGUGGAAAGCACGCUCGUUCACCUUCUGUGGAUUCUGGGAUAGAAACCAUAGACACAUCAUCACCUCUCAACAGUGCACUCAGUUUUAAUGGACCAUCCCUUCCUGCUGCUAAAAUAAAGAAGCCUCGUGUGAGUGUGAAUCAUCCAACCAUAGCAAAAAUAUUACAGCAGGGAAGCUUGGAUGUGUCGAGUCCCCAAAACAACCCAUUUGCCGUGCCAAGUCCAGUUUACCCUGGUCAAAGUCCCUGCUACCCUGCACAGAGCCCUGCUCCGUCAGCCAUGAGUCCUUUUUACGCUCAGACACCAAGUCCUGCAAACUCCACGCACAGUAACUGUUUAUCUCAAGAUGUUCUUGGUUCACCAAUCGCAACAGACACGGGAGGAUUACAACAAAUGGAUAUGUCCGAACAAGGCUCGCCGAAAUUAAACUCGUUGCCAACGGUGAUAGAAGACUUACCCGCGACUACGGUUUCCAAGGAUCUGAAUCGUUUACCCAUGUCGGAUAACGGUAUAUGCAGCCCAGCUAGUUCCUGCACAACAAACCAGUCUCCACAAAGAAACGGCAAUGAUGCUACACAUAUUUUGAUCGAAGGUGACGAUGGUCAGAUGUCAGUUGUCUCUUUCGAAACGGGCUCGAAUGAAGUGGUUGUACAGCAGCUUAGCGGCCACAGUUCUCUCGAGAGCAACAGCAGCUGUCACUCGUCAGUUUCAAACGGUCAGCAAAGUGCCGUGAUCUUGCCAGCCCAAACUGAUGAUCCUUACAUGGUGUCCAUGGGUAAUAACAUGUUUAAAAGAAGGGAGCCUGUGACGUCAACAGUUCCUGAACAGCAGGAUGUUCUUUCAAGUCUACAGAACAAUCCAGAGUUGGCACAGAUUUUAUCUAUAUUAAAUAACGCAACACCGGACAUUUUAAAGUAUCUUCAGAGUUACUUGGAUCAGAACAUGGCUCCUGUAGUAAAUGAUGGCUGUGUACAAAUGUCAACAGAAAUAGACCCGGCACCAGCAUGUCCAGUUGUUACAACUUCUGGCACGCCCCAUCUGACGUCUUCAGGAAGCAUGUCUGAUGCAUUCAAUUUCAGCCAGAAUGAAAUAGCGGAAGUGCAAGAAAUGAACAGUGGAACAAUUGACACAAGCGUAUUUGCAACAGUAGAUUCCAGCAGCAGUGGUAUGAUGAGCUGAUUUGACUGUCCUUCAGUUUACAAGUUUCCUGGCUUUCUUCUGGUUUUGGAGCCUAACAAAUGUUAGAUCAUUGUCUUGGUACAUAAUUAUCUCCCUUUAUUUCUUGGGAGAUAAGUUGUUUCUGUUGUGGUUGUCAGUCCAUUUGUCACAGAGUGCAGUCCACUCUGUAAGCUUUUACACUUUAAAGCAUUUUUUGUUUAGGAAAGGCACUUAAUUAGGUUUAUCCUUUUCCAUAUAUCCAUCUAUCCAUCAGUUCAUCUCUCUGUCUGACUUCACACACUAAUUCCGAUCAAUAACUGGAGAACCACUUUACUUAGAACCUUCAAUCUUCAUAGGAUGGCAGGGCUUGUGGAGUAGACGACCCUAUUGUUUUUUGGGUCACUCCAUCAAAGGUCAACGUCACAAGGGCCUGAACAUGGAAAACCAUCUCUGAUCAAUAACUUGAGAAUCACUUAUUAUAUAGAAUGUUGAAACUUCAUAGGAUGAUUGGACAUGCGGAGUAGAUGACCCCUAUUGAGCUUCAGGUUACUAUGUUAAAGGUCAAGGUCACAGAAGCCUGAACAUCGAAAGCCAUUUCCAAUCAAUAACUUGAGAACCACUUGACCCAGAAUGUUGAAACUUCAUAGGAUGAUUUGACAUGCAGAGUAGAUGACAUCUAUUGAUUUUAGAGUCACUCUAUUAAAGGUCAAGGUCACAGGGGUCAGAACAUGGAAAUCCAUUUCUUGAGAACUAUUUGACCCAGAACCUUCAAACUUCAUAGGAUGAUAGGGCUAACAAAGUAGAUGACCCCUAAUUGUUUGGGGGUUACUCGAUCAAAGAUGAAGGUCACGGGCCUGAAGAUAGAAAACUAUUUCUGAUCAAUAACUUGAGAACCACUUGACCCAGAAUGUUGAAACUUCAUAGUAUGAUAGGACAUAUAGAGCGGAUGACCCCUACUGAUUUUUUGGUCACUUGAUUAGAGGUUAAGGUCACAGGGGCCAGAACAUGGAAAUUUGAGAACCAUUUGGCCCAGAACCUACAGAGUAGAUGAUCCCUAUUGUUUUUAGGGUCACUAGAGCAAAGGUCAAGGUCACAGGGGCCAGAACAUGGAAAGCCAUUUCCAGUCCAUAACUUGAGAACCACUUGACCCAGAAUGUUGAAACUUCAUGUGAUGAUUGGACAUGUGGAGUAGAUGAUCCCGGUUGCAACCAACCAUAAGUGUCUUUUUGACGUUCACUCCUGUCCCCAAUGACUUCUUGCUUACUACUACUUUGCAUUUUGGGAGACAUGCACUUUUCUAAAAAGGCAUCUUCUAGUUGGAUCGCAUUUUGGGCCAUUUCACAUUUAUGCUGAAUUUAAAACAAAAAGUAAAAUUAAACUGUUCAGUUACAGAAUUCAGUUUGAAAAGAUGAAAAAGAUCACAUUUUUCCACAAAAUUGUUGAUUUGCAUUUUUUCGCUUAGAUUUGGAUAAGAAUUCAUUUUGAAAGUGAAAGCUAUAGCUGUUUCCAAAAUGAAAAAAAUGGUACCAGUUUGUACUUGUCUUCAGUUCAGUGUAUAUGUGAAAUUGCUUUAAAAGAAAAUCUUAUUUGUUGAGAUUGCUGAAAUCUCUAUAAUAUCUUUAAGUAGGUUUGUAAACUAAUUUUGCUUUGUGUAAGAAAAUGUAAUAGACCUCUCAGAGAUGAAAGUUUGAAAAAUAGUACUUUUAAGAAAGCUGAAGAAUACUGCAUACAUGUAUUUUGUUUUACAGAUUUCUCACCAGACACUUUCAUAUUUAUAUUGUUACACCAAAGUCAAAGCUUUCAGAUACUGACUGUACCGCUUAUCAUAUUAUAAUUAUUGAGCUGAUGGUAUUUGAGAAAUUGUAUGUAUGCCUUUUUACAAUUGUCAAUAAUAAAAGGUCAUUUCUGCCUUUUACGACCUACUUGUAUCAACUUUAUAAAUCUUAUAUGCAAUUUUAAAAUGUUGUAAGUACAACCUUAAUUCUAAUCUUCAGUAGAUAUUUCGAAAACUGACCAAAAAAUCGAACUUUUUCUUCUAUCAGUAGAUAUUUCGAAAACUGACCAAAAAGUGGUUGUACAUGUACAUAACUGAUAUGACCUUAUAUAUAAUUAACAAAAUGUAAUUUCUGACCCAGUAAACAGGGUCUCACAAUUAUGACUUUAUGUUCUCGUUAUGGCCGUUUAUAUGCGGGUUCUGAAAAUGUCAUAUAUGGUUAUAAGUAACAAUUACGACCUGAUAUUUCUGAGAUAUUAUCAGUAUUGAUAAUGUUUCUGUUUAGAGUUGGACAUAUUAUUUCAAAUUCAAACAUCGUUUUUGAACAAUACUUACUUGAAUUAGUGAACAAGAUUACACUUUUAAUGUUAAACCUUGGUGAAACUAGUGUAUGUCAAUUUUAUAAAUUAUUAAAUGAUGAAAUCUGGAUUUAUUCAGACUUUUACAGGUACAUGUAGUGCUAUGAAUUAUUUUUAGCUGUGAUGAAUGUUGUUUUGAAGAUAUUCUGCUGUUUUUGAAGCAGGGCUUUUGUGCAAUUCUUGAUAUUUUUAGCUCACCUGUCACGAAGUGACAAGGUGAGCUAUUGUGACCGCUUGAUGUCCGUUGUGCAUCAACAAUUUCUAAACAAAUCUUCUUCUUGAAAACCACUCGGCAGAAUUACACCAAACUUCACAGGAAUGAUCCUUUGGUGGCCCCCUUUCAAAACAGUUCAAAGAAUUGAAUUCCAUGCAGAACUCUGGUUGUCAUGGCAACCGAAAGGAAAAACUUUAAAAAUCCUCUUGUCCACAAAAUAACAGGGCCUAGGGCUUUGUUAUCUGGUGUGUUGCAUCAUCUAAUGGUCCUCUACAAAAAUUGUUCAAAUUAUCCCCCUAAGGUCAAAUAUGGCCCCACCUCGGGGGUCACAUGGUUUAUAUGGACUUAUAUAGGGAAAACUUUGAAAAUAUUCUUGUACAAAACCACAUGGCCUAGGGCUUUGAUAAUUGGUAUGUAGCAUCAUCUAGUGGUCCUCUACCAAAGUUGUUCAAAUUAUCCCCCUAGGGUCAAAUAUUGCCCCGCCCCAGUGGUCCCAAGUUUUACAUAGACUUAUAUAGGAAAAAGAUUUAAAAAUCUUCUUGUCUGAAACCAUACGACCUAGGCUUUUGAUAUUUGGUAUGAUGCAUUGUCUAGUAGUCCUCUACCAAAAUUGUUCAAAUUAUGCCACUGGGAUUAAAAGAGGCCCCGCUCUGGGGUCACUUAGUUAUUAUGUGAGUUAUAUAGGAAAAAUACAUAAAAAAUCAUCUGAUCCUAUUUCCAAGACCGUUUAAUUAUAAUUACCUGAUGACCCCAAGUAAUAUGAUGUCACUUGACUGUGACCUUGACCUACUUUCUUGUUUUUUUUUAAGAUACAGCCUUGAAAUUUUAAUGACAUACACAGUUUUGCACACAAAUCGUAAAACUGAAUUUCACUGGCCAUGAAUGUGACCUACUGACUUUCUUAAUAUUUUAUCAUCAGUUUGACAUUUGAAACAUGUAGCUCAUAUUACUUAGGUGAGCAAUCCAGGGUCAUCAUGACCCUCUUGUUAUAUUUAAUUUGUAAAAAUCAAAAGGAGUUUAGUUUCUUUGUAAAUACAGAAAACAAUUGAGCCGUGUCAUGAGAAAACCAACAUAGUGGCUUUGCGACCAGCAUUGAUCCAGACCAGCCUGCGCAUCCGCACAGUCUGGACAGGAUCCAUGCUGUUUGCUAACGGUUUCUCUAAUUGCAGUAGGCUUUAAAAGCAAACAGCAUAGAUCCUGACCAGACUACGCGGAUGCACAGGCUGGUCUGGAUCCAUGCUGGUCGCAAAGUCACUAUGUUGGUUUUCUCAUGGCACGGCUCAUAUGACAUUUGCAUUAUGUUUCAUGAGAGAUUUGUGUUAUGAGCUUUCUCAUUUUUUACAGCUGCAAAAUGUAUAUACCAUUCAAAAUGUUUGUAAUGAUUUUAAAAUUCAUUACAAAAUAGUAUUCAGUAUUUUGAUUAUUGCAUUUGUUAAGGUCACACCUCUACAAAAGCAGAUAAUAUCCCCAGUUGACAAAUUUCUUUGUAAAUAAACUUCUCCACAACAACUUCACUUUUCAGCUAACAGAUUUGUCAACAACUUCCCAGUGGUGUGUCCCUGACUUCCCAGCAAUGUCUGUGACUUCCAAGUGGUGACCACAACUUCCUAGUAAUGUCCCUGACUGCCCAGUGUUGCAACUUCACUGUGUUGUCUGUGGCUUCCUAGUGGUAUCCACAACUUCUCAGCUCUCUCUUUUUACUUCCCAUUGGUGUCUGUGUGUUUCCAGCAGUGUCUGUGACAUCCAAGUCCACUACUUCCUAGCAUUUUCUGCGACUUUCCAGCAAAGUCUGCAACUUCCCAGUGGUGUCCCCGGCCGCGACUUCCCUGUAGUGUUCAUUCUAAAGAGGUUGCGCAUUCCAAAGAUACAAGAAUUUCUAAUUUUAUACUGCUGUGCAGUAAUUGUUUUAAUGUAGGUAUGAUUUUUGCUUGUUAUGUUUAAAUUUGUUGAAGAAUGUUAUUUCUGUUUACAAUGUUAUUGACCAGUUUUCUUGUUUGUUCAGUUUUACAAUUUUUCAAAUUGGUUGCUGGGUAUAUGCAAUGGUAAUUGCAAAAUUGGCAGGGUUUUUUUCAUGACUGAUAGCAAAAACAUUUAAAAAAAAAUUUUUUUUUAUUUUAAUGUAAUUUUCAAGCCGGUCUAUUCUGGUGAUUUUCUUGGAGAAAUGAUUGUAAGAUAAACAUUGGAUAUAAGAUAUAGAAUUGCUCCAAUCAUGAGAAUUAUAAUUAAAAUUUGAAAGAAAAUAUCACUGAAAAAAAUAUAUUAUUAUCUAGAACUAAUCUAAUUUCAUGGGGUCAUACAAAAUUGUUUUGUUUUUUUAGCUCACCUGUCACAAAGUGACAUGGUGAGCUUUUGUGAUCGCGCGGUGUCCGUCGUCCGUCCGUCCGUAAACUUUUGCUUGUGACCACUCUAGAGGUCACAUUUUUCAUGGGAUCUUUAUGAAAGUUGGUCAGAAUGUUCACCUUGAUGAUAUCUAGGUCAAGUUCGAAACUGGGUCACGUGCCACCAAAAACAAGGUCAGUAGGUCUAAAAAUAGAAAAACCUUGUGACCUCUCUAGAGGCCAUAAUUUUCAAUGGAUCUUCAUGAAAAUGGGUCAGAAUGUUCACCUUGAUGAUAUCUAGGUCAGAUUCGAAACUGGGUCACGUACCUUCAAAAACUAGGUCAGUAGGUCUAAAAAUAGAAUAACCUUGUGACCUCUCUAGAGGCCAUAUAUUUCACAAGAUCUUCAUGAAAAUUGGUCAGAACGUUCACCUUGAUGAUAUCUAGGUCAAGUUCGAAACUGGGUCACGUGCCAUCAAAAACUAGGUCAGUAGGUCAAAUAAUAGAAAAACCUUGUGACCUCUCUAAAGGCCAUAUUUUUCAUGGGAUCUGUAUGAAAGUUGGUCUGAAUGUUCAUCUUGAUGAUAUCUAGGUCAAAUUCGAAACUGGGUCACGUGCGGUCAAAAACUAGGUCAGUAGGUCUAAAGAUAGAAAAACCUUGUGACCUCUCUAGAGGCCAUAUAUUUCAUGAAAUCUUCAUGAACAUUGGUCAGAAUGUUCACCUUGAUGAUAUCUAGGUAAAAUUUGAAAGUGGGUCACGUACCAUCAAAAACUAGGUCAGUAGGUCAAAUAAUAGAAUAACCUUGUGACCUCUCUAGAGGCCAUAUUUUCCAUGGGAUCUGUAUGAAAGUUGGUCAGAAUGUUCACCUUGAUGAUAUCUAGGUCAAGUUCGAAAGUGGGUCACGUGCCUUCAAAAACUAGGUCAGUAGGUCAAAUAAUAGAAAAACCUUGUGACCUCUCUAAAGGCCAUAUUUUUCAAUGGAUCUUCAUGAAAGUUGGUCUGAAUGUUCAUCUUGAUGAUAUCUAGGUCAAGUUCGAAACAGGGUCAUGUGCGGUCAAAAACUAGGUCAGUAGGUCUAAAAAUAGAAAAACCUUGUGACCUCUCUAGAGGCCAUACUUGUGAAUGGAUCUCCAUAAAAAUUGGUCAGAAUGUUCAUCUUGAUGAUAUCUAGGUCAAGUUCAAAAGUGGGUCACGUGCCAUCAAAAAGUAGGUCAGUAGGUCAAAUAAUGAAAAAACCUUGUGACCUCUCUAGAGGCCAUAUUUUUCAUGGCAUCUAUAUGAAAAUUGGUCUGAAUGUUUAUCUUGAUGAUAUCUAGGUCAAGUUUGAAACUGGGUCAACUGCGAUCAAAAACUAGGUCAGUAGGUCUUGAAAUAGAAAAACCUUGUGACCUCUCUAGAGGCCAUACCCUUGAAUGGAUCUUCAUGAAAAUUGGUCAGAAUGUUCACCUUAUGAUAUCUAGGUCAAGUUUGAAACUGGGUCACGUGCCUUAAAAAACUAGGUCAAUAGGUCAAAUAAUAGAAAAACCUUGUGACCUCUCUAGAGACCAUAUUUUUCAAUGGAUCUUCAUGAAAAUUGGUCAGAAUUUUUAUCUUGAUAAUAUCUAGGUCAAGUUCAAAACUGGGUCACAUGAGCUCAAAAACUAGGUCACUAUGUCAAAUAAUAGAAAAUACGGCGUCAUACUCAAAACUGGAUCAUGUGGGAAGAGGUGAGCGAUUCAGGACCAUCAUGGUCCUCUUGUUUAAAUAAAUAUUACCAUUGCACAGAGUUUUAUAUCAAAUUUAUUAGGUGCAAUCGGUCAGUAGAUUCUAAGAAAGAAUAAGAAUAACAGCACAAAGUAAAAGUAUGUUUCCUUUAAUAAUUGAAAAAAAGGUAAAUUGGAUCUGUUUAAAGGAUAGUGCUUUGCCUUUUAUCUGGAUAAUGUUGUCUCACUGGGUACACCAUCUUAUUUGUGUCUCAUCAGCACUACUUAAUGUUUAGCAGCCUAAAGUGAAAGCUGCUAUCAGUUUUAUAUAUAUAUUAGUUAUUUCUAUCUCAUUUUGUACUUUUGAAUCCUUCCCAUUGAUUACAUACAAUGUACAUGUAUACAUUUUGUUAAGCACUAUGUUUGUGAAACUUAUAAGAAAAUACAUUUAGCCUAAAAUGUACUAGAGGGAAUGUUAGUUAUACAUAUUUCCACCUGUUUAUAUUGGGAUCUGUGUCGUUUUUUCAUUACUGAAGUAUUUUAUACCAUGUUGUCAAGUAAGCGAAUUCUCUUACCUAUUCAUUUAAUUUCACAUGACAUACCGUAUAUACCAUAAUCAAUGUCCUAGCUAGCUAGCUCCUCCCAUAUUUAGGAUUCCUAAACUAAAUAAAAAAUAUUAAAGUUAUGGUGAUAGUUUGGGUUAAAAGUGAAUAAUUGUAAUGUGGUAGUGCUAGAGUUUUUAAAAUUAAUUCAUUAGAAGUUGGAAUAAUAGUUAAUAUUUACAGUUUCGCCCAAGUUACUCUGCCAAUGGAAUUGCUCCGUUUACUUCAAAUCUGGCCAUAAUCUAUUUCGCAUACAGUUGUCACAUCAAACUUGUAUGUAUUAGAUUUAAUUAAUCAUUAAAUGUUAUGAUUUAAUAGACUCUGCCCAGUAACACUGCAUUUGUACAAGAUAGUUAUAAGUUGAAUAUAGCAGUUUUAAGAUAUUAAUUUCGAGCGAACGUUAUAGCGUAGCGAGAAAUUAGUAUCUUAAAACUGCUGUAUUCAACUUAUAACCUUUACAUUCUGUCUUAAGAAACAGCCCCCUUUUGCAAAUGUAGUACCCCAAGGAUAUUAAUAAGGGAGUAUAAAUUAUGAUAGUUUAGUAAACUAAUUAUUUUCUGUAUUUAUUGAUAACCAUGUCAUCUGAUUUUGUACAGUUAGUUUUUCACUCAUUUUGCUUGAAUUUCAUAUUAUGCAAAUGUAUAGAUGUUUUCGUGUUACUCACAGCAUUGAUUUGAUUUUGUUCAGUUUUUCUUUGAAAUAAAGUGCUUUUACAACAUAAA